AUGUCUGGCGGCGAGACGCUGCCGCUUUACGAACGCGAAGACAUCAGUACCAUGGCACCCAACAGAAAAACAGCCAUCGCAGAGUGCAUCUCUGACGAGGCACUCAUACACCUCAAGUCGUACAAGUACUCGAGCGUCGACAAGUCCCCCAUAUCAAAGUACAUACUUGGUCCCUGGCUUCCCCCGAGCCUUCUCCCCGAAACCGAGCGCCGUCCUCUCGUCAAGGUGGAACACGACACUGACGAGGUCCGGCUGCAGUGGAACGCCUUUGUCGAGAUUCUGCCGUUAUGGAUCGCUCCCAACAUGGUCACACUUCUCGGCUUCUUCUUCAUCUUGGGCAACGUCCUCCUGCUCGUCAUCUACAUGCCGGAUCUGGUCGGCCCGGGGCCGUCAUGGCUGUACUUUAGCUUCGCCUUCGGUCUUUUCAUGUACCAAACCAUGGACAACGUCGACGGCAAGCAGGCCCGGAGGACCGGCACCUCGAGCGGAUUGGGCGAGCUGUUCGACCACGGCAUCGACUCUCUCAACUGCACGCUCGCCAGCUUGCUCGAGACGGCGGCCAUGGGGCUCGGCACGUCGCACGCCGGCAUCUUCACCGCCCUCUGCCCCUGCCUGCCCAUGUUCUUCUCCACCUGGGAGACGUAUCACACCCACACCCUCUAUCUCGGUGUGUUCAACGGGCCCACCGAAGGUCUGCUGAUUGCCUGCGCCAUCAUGAUCGUCUCCGGCAUCUGGGGACCCGGAGUCUGGACGCAGCCGCUUGCCAACCUGUUCGGUCCCCUGCUCCCCGGUCUCGGUGAGCGGCUGGGCGAAACGACCAUCAGGGACAUUUGGAUCGGCAUCAUCGUCUUCUCGCUCCUCGUCGGCCACGUGCCCUUUUGCGUCCUGAACGUUGCCAAGGCCCGCCGCCGACAGAAUCUCCCGAUCGCGCCCGUCUUCUUCGAAUGGAUUCCCAUGGCCGUCUUUACCGUCUCGAUUGGUGCCUGGGUCUUCUCGCCCCACAGCACCCUGAUGCACGACAACCACCUCGUCCUCUUCUGCAUGACAAUGUCCUUUGUCUUUGGCCGCUUGACGACCAAGAUGAUCCUUGCCCAUCUGACACGUCAGCCCUUUCCGUACUGGACCGUCAUGCUGACGCCCCUCGUCGGCGGCGCCGUCCUGGGAAACCUGCCCAUCUUUGGCCUCCCCAAGAUCAGCGCCACGACGGAGCUGUACUAUCUCUGGGCCUAUUUAUUCUUCGCGCUGGUGGUGUACUUCCGCUGGGCGUACCUCGUCAUCACCAGCAUUUGCAAUUUUCUCGGCAUCAAUGCCCUCACGAUCCCGAAGGAGAAGCAAGCGGCCAACAAGCAAGCUCGAGCGGCCACCAAGCUGCAGGAAAAGAGUACAUGA